CUUGUCUCAUCCUAUAGCAUUUCUCAACUCUCACACAUACACAUAACACAAGCACACCAACUUUCUCUUUGUGGCAUUCAUAAAUCAUUCAACAACGUCAGAUCGGAGAGUCCCAACAACAGAUCUCCGAUUCCUUAUUUUCUCACACUUCGAAUUACUAGAUCGUCGGAAAACCCUAAAAUUUCCGACGCCGGCGAAUUGUGAUCGUCGGCGACGCCAUGGCUCCUCCUGCAUAUCAGACUCAACGAUCUUCUUCCCCUUCUCAACCUUCCGGGAAAAGUGAAGUUUCAGAUUUAAGGCUACAGCUACGGCAACUUGCAGGUAGUCGUGCACCUGGAGCUGAUGAUUCUAAGCGCGAGCUCUUCAAGAAAGUGAUCUCCUACAUGACAAUUGGCAUUGAUGUUUCGUUGGUUUUUAGUGAAAUGGUCAUGUGCUCGGCCACAUCAGACAUAGUUCUGAAGAAAAUGUGCUAUCUGUAUGUGGGAAAUUAUGCCAAGUCUAACCCUGAUCUUGCGCUUCUUACUAUCAAUUUUCUUCAAAGGGAUUGCAAGGAUCAGGACCCAAUGAUUCGUGGACUUGCCUUGCGGAGCCUCUGUUCGUUGCGUGUUGCUAAUUUGGUCGAGUAUUUGAUUGGGCCUUUGGGUUCAGGGUUGAAAGACGGUAGCAAUUAUGUCAGAAUGGUUGCUGUCAUGGGGGUCUUGAAACUGUAUCAUAUAUCUGCUGCAACUUGUAUUGAUGCCGAUUUCCCUGCAAUGGUCAAGCAUUUGAUGCUUAAUGAUCCAGAAACUCAGGUUGUUGCUAACUGUUUAAUAGCCCUGCAAGAAAUUUGGAGCGCAGAAGCAAGCUCUUCUGAAGAAGCAUCCAGAGAGAGAGAUGGUUUGCUUAGCAAACCAAUUAUAUAUUACUUUUUGAAUCGGAUCAGAGAAUUCAGUGAAUGGGCUCAGUGUCUUGUGCUCGAGUUGGUUGCCAAAUAUGUGCCAUCUGAUAACAGUGAAGUAUUUGACAUUAUGAAUCUUCUCGAAGAUAGGCUUCAGCAUGCUAAUGGUGCAGUUGUCUUAGCGACCAUCAAGUUGUUUAUGCAGUUAACCUUGUCUAUGACUGAUGUUCAUCAACAGGUGUAUGAACGUAUUAAAGCACCACUUAUUACCCUGGUCAACGCAGGGAGUUCUGAACAGUCUUAUGCAGUGUUAAGUCAUCUUCAUUUGUUGGUGAUGCGUGCACCAAUGCUGUUUUCUUCAGAUUACAAACAUUUCUAUUGCCACUAUAAUGAACCAUCUUAUGUCAAAAAGUUGAAGCUUGAAAUGUUGACUGCAGUUGCGAAUGAGAAUAAUACUUACGAGAUUGUGACGGAGCUAUGUGAAUAUGUCGCCAAUGUUGACAUCGCGAUUGCCCGUGAAUCUAUCCGAGCUGUUGGGAAGAUAGCUCUGCAACAGUAUGAUGUGAAUGCUAUUGUUGACAGGCUACUUCAGUUUCUGGAGAUGGAGAAAGAUUACGUGACAGCUGAGACUCUUGUCCUUAUCAAAGAUCUGCUACGUAAAUAUCCCCAGUGGAGCCACGAUUGCAUUGCUGUUGUUGGAAGCAUCAGUAGCAAGAAUGUUCAAGAACCAAAGGCUAAGGCAGCUCUUAUUUGGAUGCUUGGAGAGUAUGCACAGGAUGUGGCGGAUGCUCCCUAUAUAUUGGAGGGUAUGAUUGAGAAUUGGGAAGAAGAGGAUUCUGCUGAGGUUCGUUUGCACCUGCUAACAGCAUCGAUGAAGUGCUUCUUUAGAAGGCCACCUGAAACUCAAAGGGCACUGGGAGCAGCAUUGGCUGCUGGAAUUGCUGAUUUUCACCAGGAUGUCCAUGACCGAUCCUUAUUGUACUAUAGGCUUCUUCAACACAGUACAUCUGUAGCGGAAAACGUUGUGAAUCCUCCAAAGCAAGCUGUGUCAGUCUUUGCUGAUACUCAGAGCAGUGAAAUUAAAGAUCGUAUAUUUGAUGAAUUCAACAGUCUAUCUGUUGUAUAUCAGAAGCCAUCUUACAUGUUUACUGACAAGGAACAUCGAGGGCCAUUUGAGUUUUCUGAUGAACUUGGGAAUUUAUCCAUUGGAGCAGAAUCUGUUGGCAUUGUGGUUCCUGCUCAGGGAGUUGAGGCUAAUGACAAGGAUCUGCUUCUUAGCACAACAGAGAAGGAAGAUAGUGGAGCUUCCAGUCACAACGGUGCUGAUUAUAGUGCCCCUCUUUUCGAUGCUUCUUCAGGGCCUCUGGUUGCUAUAGAUACACAGCCAACAGUACAAGCUGCACAGCCUAGCAUGGCUAUUGAUGAUUUACUUGGCUUAGGUUUCACUGCACCAGCACCAGCACCAGAACCAGCUCCUGCUCCUGCUCCACCUGCUCUCAUACUAAAUGCAAAGGCUGUUCUAGAUCCUGGGACUUUCCAGCAAAAAUGGCGUCAGUUACCCAUAUCUAUAUCACAGGAUAUCCAGGUGACUCCUCAAGGUGUUGCAGCAUUAACCACACCUCAAGCCCUUCUCCGACACAUGCAAGCCAACUCCAUACACUGCAUUGCAUCUGGUGGUCAAUCACCUAACUUCAAGUUCUUUUUCUUUGCUCAGAAAGCCGAGGAUACAUCCACAUUUCUGGCUGAGUGCGUCAUCAAUACAUCGUCAUGUAAAGCUCAAAUCAAAAUCAAAGCUGAUGAUCAAAGUACGUCUAGUGCCUUUUCAGAUAUAUUUCAGGCAGCCUUGUCCAAGUUCGGCAUGUCCUGAAUUUAUCACCCAGUAUGAUUUUCUGCUGUUUAUGAGCAAAUACAAGAAUUCAUUUACUCUUUAUUCUUCUUUACACCCUUUUUACCCCUCUCCUUCUUCCUCUAGUAACUCUUUUUGUAGAUGUAGAUUGCUGUACAAUUUGUAACAUAAGAAUCUAUGAUCGAGUUUAGCGUUCCCUCAGCUUCAAUACACGGUACUGACGAGUAGCAAUUAAGGUCUUAAACGGAACUUUUUGCAUGACAUUGGAUAUGCUGUACAAUUGAGUAGUAUAUUGGAAGGUUGGAGAUAAAUGAAGCUCUGUGGUAAUUUUAGCUGGC